GAGAGAGAGAGGGGUGGAGAGGGGCACGCGCUCUCUCCUAGUGCACUUUGCAGUAAGUUGCGGGCGGCUGUUGCUGGCGUGGCGGUUGCUGGUCGCGCAGGGAACUUUAACACGCUGGAUCCCAAAGUCCGUCUGCCUCACCUGCGCAGUUCGGAGCUGCCAUGGAUUUCGCGGCCGGAUUUACUAUCCUAAUCACACUGCCGAUCUUUCUGCAGACGAACGGCCUUUAUAUCUCCAGUAGCAUAGAUUCCCUGCAGCAUGUUCUGGGGGACUAUGGACUGGUGAAGCCCGUUCUUACUGAUGCAGAAGGCCGCUUCCUGUCCCAUGCGGUAUCGUUUGGUCCAGCAGAAGGGCAGUUCCGUAGGCGCUGGAGAAGAGAGGCGGCAUCGGCCAACCACGCCAACCAUGAGUCUCGAGGAGACGCGCUCAAGCAGCUCUACUACAACGUCACCGUCUUCGGCCGGGAGUUUCACCUGCGUCUGCGCCGCAACACACGCCUGGUGGCUCCCGGAGCCAAGAUGGAGUGGCCGGAAUCUGGCGGCAUGCACUCCGAGCCUUUGAAGAGUGACUGCUUGUAUGUGGGUGACAUUACGGACAUACAGGGAGCCUCAGUAGCCAUCAGUAACUGCGACGGCCUGGCAGGGAUGAUCAGAACUGAGCAGGAGGAGUUUUUCAUUGAGCCGGUGGAAACGGGACAUCAUGUUAUGGAGCAGGAGGAAGAGAAUGGUGGCCGUUCUCACAUUGUGUACCGUUCUGCUGCCGUGAAGAAGCCUCCUGUUAGCUCACUAGCUGCAGACUUUCACUCAAGAGGUGCUGAUCUGGGCGGACUGUUGGAUCUUGAGGCUCUGUAUCAGGGCGUGGAACGCAGUAUUAACCAGAGCCGACGAGCCCGCAGACAGUCUCCCGAACGAGUCUACAACAUUGAGGUUUUGCUGGGGGUGGACGACUCCGUAGUGCAGUUUCAUGAACAGCAACAUGUGGAGAAGUACCUCCUCACUCUUAUGAACAUCGUUAACGAAAUCUAUCAUGACCAAUCUCUCGGGGCACGAAUAAACGUGGUGCUAGUUCGGAUUGUUUUGGUGGAUGCCGAAAAAUCCGCGAGUCUCAUUGAGCUGGGCAGCCCUUCUCAGAGUCUGGAGAAUGUGUGUAGAUGGGCUUUCGAACAGCAGAGGAAGGACACAAAUGAUAAAUAUUACCACGAUCACGCCAUUUUUCUCACUCGCCAAGAGUUUGGACCUACGGGGAUGCAGGGUUACGCUCCUGUCACAGGCAUGUGUCAUCCCGUACGGAGCUGCACUCUCAACCAUGAGGAUGGUUUCUCGUCUGCUUUUGUGGUGGCACAUGAAACCGGCCAUGUGUUGGGAAUGGAGCAUGAUGGGCUGGGGAACCGUUGUGGAGAUGAGGUGCAAAUGGGUAGCAUAAUGGCCCCACUGGUACAGGCCGCUUUCCACCGGUUCCUCUGGUCCCGCUGCAGUCAACAGGAACUGGGCCGCUACCUGCAUUCAUAUGAUUGUCUCCGUGAUGACCCGUACGAGCACACAUGGGAGGAGCUUCCACAGCUGCCCGGGCUGCAUUACUCCAUGGACGAACAGUGUCGCUUUGACUUUGGGGCCGGAUAUAUGAUGUGCACAGCGCUGCAAAAGGUGGGGCAAUCAGGAGCCCAGUAUCGCACCUUUGACCCCUGUAAGCAGCUUUGGUGCGCUCACCCAGACAACCCCUUCUUUUGCAAGACCAAAAAAGGGCCGCCCAUUGAUGGUACCACAUGCGGAGAAGGGAAGCACUGCUUUAAAGGCCACUGUAUGUGGCUGACGCCAGACAUCAUAAAACAGGAUGGAGGCUGGGGUGUAUGGAGUGAGUUUGGCUCCUGCUCUCGCCCCUGUGGAAGAGGACUACAGUUUCGCACCCGAGCUUGUGACAAUCCAUAUCCAGCUAAUGGCGGACGUUCUUGCGCCGGUCCAAGCUUUCAGUUCCAGAUGUGUAAUACACAUGAGUGUAAGGACCUGUACCAUGACUACAGAGCCGAGCAAUGUAGGAUGAUGGACAACAAGUUUCAAUACCAGAACACCUGGCACAACUGGCUGCCUUAUGAACAUCCUGACCCCAAGCAACGCUGCAAAUUGCACUGUCAAUCCAAAGAGACGCGAGCUGGAGUCAACAUGCAGACGCAGGUGGAAGAUGGAACCCCCUGCUCUUACAAAGAUCCCUACAGUGUGUGUGUGUACGGAGACUGUGAGAAAGUGGGCUGUGAUAAUGUGGUCGGAUCAGCUCUGCAGGAAGAUAAGUGCGGCGUCUGCGGGGGAGAUGGAACCAAGUGCAAGACUCACAAAUUUAACUUCACCUUUGUAGAGAAGAAAGGUGUCAUUAAGGUGCUUGAAGUUCCCAGAGGUGCGAGACAUCUCUUUAUCCAAGAACUUAAUGGGACUGCUCACAUUUUAGCUGUCAGGAAUAAAGCGUCAGGUGAUUUCUUUCUCAACGCACAUGAAGACUACCCAGAGACGCGCUCGGUUAUUGAAAAAGGUCUGGAAUGGGAGUAUGAGAAUAAAAACAACAAGGACACCAUUCAAACUAAUGGCCCCCUAAAAAACGAUGUGGUGGUCAUGAUCCGAAUGCAUGGAUCGACCAAAGUGAAGGUGUCGAUCAAAUACAUCACUGACAAUGAAAGACCGAGUGACAGUGCCAAUGAGAAUAACAUGGUCCCUGAUUAUGCAGUGCCAUAUUCCUGGGUGGUGAAGAGAUGGGCACCUUGUUCCAAGACCUGUGGAAAAGGAAAUCAGACGGCGCGUUAUGGAUGCCGCAAAAACACAGAAAUGAGGAUGGUCCAUCGCAAAUUCUGUGAGAAAAUCAAGUUGCCUCCGCCCCUGGUUAAAAACUGUUACCUCAGAGAGUGUGCUCAGCCUAUCUGGGUGGCUGGAGAGUGGGGUGAAUGCAGUAAGUCUUGUGGGAAGACUGGCACUCAAACACGCUCUGUACGCUGCCUCCAACCGCUGGGCGAGGAAAAGUACAAAUCCAUCCGCAGUCGUUACUGCAGCGACGAGCGCCCGGAAUCCCGCAGAGACUGCAAUCGCAACCUGUGCCCUGCUGAGUGGAGGCUUGGUCCCUGGUCACAGUGCUCAGUGACAUGUGGGAAUGGCACGCAGGAGAGGCAGGUGCUUUGCCACACUCGUGACAACACCAUUGGGCUCUGUCUGGACUCCAAGCCAGCUGCAUUAAGACCCUGCAGAAUGGAUCCCUGCCCAACGAGCACUUCCGACUUCAACAAGCACGGCAACUUCCUGAUACAGUGGUUGUCGCGCCACGACCCCAAAUACCCCUUGCAGAGGAUGUCAAGACUGCGUUGUCACGGUGACCGUUCUGCCUUCUGUCGCAUGGAGGCGCUGCAGCAAUAUUGUUCCCUUCCAGGCUUCCAGCGCAUGUGUUGCAAGUCCUGCAAGGUUGACAAUUCCAAAAACAUCACUGGAUCAAAAGUAAGCCACCAUCCAGAUCAGAAAUAACCACUAAAGGACGAUCCACCAUAAGUCCCACACGCACAGAGUCCACCACAACAGGCUCUCUGCCAUCUACAGAUGGGAAAAGUGCCACUUCUGUGAGCACUCCUUGGUUAUAUACGGCCUUAGCAACGUCAUCUGAUACUAACGGAUACACAACAAUUUCCACUUAUACUACAACUCCAACUCCUAUCCAACACGCUACUCCAGAUUUCCUUCCAGAACAGAGCACAUCUUUUGUCACUACUACACUAUCUAGGAACACAUCUGCACCUGGAAAAGACAUGGUAAACAGCACAGAAUUACCUGCUAGUACUGUUAUCCCCAUCAUUUUCAGUGAUGUGAAUGAUGCCACCCUCAUUCCCAGCACCACCGCCAAGUUUGAAGAGUUUAAUGGGAGCAGUGGUGCACCAAAAGUGGACAAUGGUGGGGUAUUGCAGUCAACAGAAUAUGAUGUGAAUGAAACUGAAUUGACUUUGGGCACCAAAUUACCUGCUAGUACUGUUAUCCCCAUAAUUUUCAGUGAUACGAAUGACGCCACCUUCAUUGCCAGCACCACCGUCCAGUUUGAAGAGUUUAAUGGGAGCAGUGGUGCACCAAAUGUGGACAACGGUGGGGUAUUGCAGUCAACAGAAUAUGAUGUGAAUGAAAAUGAAUUGACUUUGGGCACCAAACUACCUGUUAGUACGGUUAUCCCCAUACGUUUCAGUGAUACGAGUGACGCCACUCUCAUUCCCAGCACCACCGUCAAGUUUGAAGAGUUUAAUGGGAGCAGUGGUGCACCAAAUGUGGACAACGGUGGGGUAUUGCAGUCAACAGAAUAUGGUGUGAAUGAAAAUGAAUUGACCUCGGGCACCAAAUUACCUGUUAGUACUGUUUCCCCCAUCAUUUUCAGUGAUGUGAGUGAAGCCACCCUCAUUUCCAGCACCACUGUCCAGUUUGAUGGGAGUAGUGGUGCUCCAAAUGUGGACAAUGAUGCAGUACUGCAGUCGACAACAGAGUGUGGUGUGAAUGAAAAUGAGUUAACAACCUCAGGCAAGAUGGUCCCAGUGACAUCUAUAGCAGAGGUGCCAACAACCACCGAAGAACCUGCCCCAAUGGCAACAAACUCUAUGUCUACAACAUCACAGUCAAGUACAACAGCAUCCAGCACAGAGAAGAUGAGCAGACGGCUGAAUAACAUGGAAGAGACGAGCGAUUGCAACGCUAUUGAUAUGCCGUAUCCAGUAAUCCCACUGGACAGCGAGUUUCCUCCAAAUAACAUCAUCCCCAGGAGAGGGCGCGUGUUUCUGCGUGAGAAAACACGGAAUAAGCGCAUCCAGGAACUGCUUGAGGAGAAGCGAAACUUCUUGAGACGGAUGAAAAGAGCUCAGGGGAUUUAAACCCCGUCCAGUUUCUCUUAUAGAGAUACAGCUGCGAAAAUGCUACUUCUGACUCCAGAAUUUAUCUUGGUGCUUGGAUCAAGAACUGGAAAAUGGCAAAAAUAUUUAAUUAACUGAUGCUUUUCUCUCUUUUAUUGACAUGGCAAACUCAUUUUUGUUGAACAAAACCACUAGCAUGUGUUUGCACAGUGUCUUUGAACCUCAACAAUGUCCCUUUAGUCGGUUUAACCAAAUGAUAUUUUCAUUCAAAGUGAUUUUAAAUCAUUUUAAAGAAUUAGUUCUGCCAAACAUUUCAAUUCUGUCAUCAUUUAUUCAACCUUAUGUCAUUCAAAACCUGUAUGACUUUCUUCCUGAUGUAGAACAUUUUCCAAAAUGACAAUAAAGCAUCAUACAAGUA